UGGUGUACCGGUUACUGAUUGGCUGGUUAUCUGAAGUAAGGAUGGAAGAAGUAGAGCUGAGAUAAGUAGCUGGGGAAUAGCUCAUCAUUUACUCUAGCAGAGGAUUUCACAAUGGCGCGACGCCCGUCUCCAUGGAAGGGAAAAGACUCCUGAGAGCCAGGGGACUUCAGGCUUCAGCGGUGAAACUAAUAGAGUUCCCAGAUUCCAUUGUGAAUGAGAACAACAUGAGGCUUCCUUUACGCUGGGCAGCACACAGGCGUGUGUUGGUAUUGGGUGUGGUUUUAGGUUUGCUGGUUUUGGUCAUGGUCUACUUGCCAGUGAUGGAAACAGGGACAAACAAACCUCUGGACUGGCACGUCAACCCUGCACAUAAAAAGCUGGUGCAUGAGCAUGUGCUCCGAGUUCUGGAGGGGCAGUGUCAUCCUGGCAGCACUAGGCGGAGCUUGUUAACUCAACUCCCUGCCCCUGGUUAUGUGGCCCAGCCCUUCUUGUCUAAGGACUUGCAACUCCCUGAGGACCUUUUCCUUUAUCCACCGCCAUUUGGAUUCAGAGGCCUUCAGGGCAAAGUGGAGGAUCUGCUAAAGCUGCUGCCAGACUCUGACUUCGCACCCCAAAUGGAAAAGACAUCAGAUAAAUGUCAGCGCUGUGUGGUCAUGGGAAACGGAGGCAUUCUCAGAGGCCUGGAGCUAGGUCCACUGAUAGACCGUUUUGACACCAUUAUCAGGUUAAACAGUGGUCCUCUGGGGGAGUUCAGUGUUGACGUUGGAAAUCGAACCAGCAUAAGGAUGAGUUACCCAGAAGGCACGCCACUCCACUGGGUCGACACAGACCCACACACUCUGUUUGUCGCUGUGGUAUAUAAAAGUGUAGACAUUAGCUGGACGUCUGCUAUGAUCAACAAGCUUGCUGUGCCUCUGUGGGACAGGCUCUUCUUCUGGCAGAAGGUUCCACAUCAAAUCCCUCUUGAGCCCCACAGGUUCAGACUUCUCAACCCACAUGUCAUUAGACAGACUGCAAUAGACCUACUGAAAUACCCUCCACCCAGACCACGUCUGUGGAGCUGGGACAAGAAUGUGCCUACCCUGGGUGUCUCUGCGCUGAAUUUAGCCAGUCUGCUGUGUGAUGAGGUCAGCCUGGCAGGCUUUGGCUACAACCUCUCCCAGCAGGGGGCGCCGUUGCACUACUACGACCACCUGCCCAUGAGCUCCAUGCUGCAGCAGAAGAUGCACGAUGUGGACAGAGAGACUGAACUCCUGCAAAGCCUUGUCAGAGGAGGGACCGUUACUGACCUAACAGGGGGGAUUCACUGCUCCUUCUGCCCUAGCUGACCUCCAGACAUUUGAGUGUAAAGCACUUACCUUUUUUGUUGUAAAGUGCUGGCUUUUUAAGAACAAAGUACAUCCUGUUUGGAAAAACAGAAAAGCAAUGGCAAGGCUGAGGGAUUUGAAAACGUGAAGAAAGAAAAAAAGAAACGGACAAGAGAAAAACUUGGCCUAAAGACUUAAAUCUAGUCUAAUUGUAGUUUUUGUCACAAAGUGCUUCUUGAAGAACAAAGGACAUAGAAAACAAAAAGAAAGUAACUAGUAAUAUCAGCACCUACUGGACUACCUGUCUUUCAUAUCUUCAUAUCUAAUUUUGAAUUAUUUUAUUCAGUAUCAGCAUUAGAGACUUGAAGUUCUCCAUAUAUUCAGUGUAUUACAGGUAUUUUAAACACCAACAAUUAUGGACCCCAAACAGUACCUUGUGCUGAUAAUAUUAAAACAUAGAUAACUUAUCCACCUCUGAAUUUAGGGCUGCUUCAAUUGGUAAUACAAUAUUGUCCUGUUGGUAUCUUUUUUUUUUUUUUUCUUUUUCUUUUUCCGUUUCUACAUCUGCAACUUGGCCAAGGAGGUUCUGUUUCCAUUUUUAAAUGGAUACCAGUUUGUCUACGUGACCAGCAGAAUGAGAUGAAUUCAUCUUCAUGCUUGACUCUUAUUAUGAGUUUAAGAGACGAUGUAAAAACUCAGAGAGAAACUGAAGUUUCAUGAUGCACAUUUCUUUUCUACUGUUUUUAGUCUUAAGUUAUUAAGAAAUUGUUACUGAUAUGUACAUACACUGGAAAUGAAUACAUUAUUAUACAGUAUGUGAGCAGUUUACUUGCAUGUGAAGGGUUUUUCAUUAAUCAUUUGAAAAUUGUUUCUUUUUGCUUGUCAUGUAUUAUUUGUUAUGUCUUAAUAAA